AGUCAUUCUAGAAUAGAUUCUAGAGCUAAUCUAGAUUUAGUCUAGAUUAUAGAUCGGAUAUAGAUCUAUAUUCUAGAUUUAGACUUUGACUUUAGAGUCUAUAUCUUGACUUAUCUAAAAUAAAAUUCACUUUUAAAGAUGGAGUUAUCGGUAACGGAGGAGAAUAAAAUAGUAGAGAAAAAAUUAGAACAAUUGGAGAGUGUUCUACGAGAGGAAAAUGAUAUCUUUGACUCGGAUAAUUCUAGUGAAUAUGGUGAAGACGAAGCCGACGAACAACUUGUGAUUGACACCUCCAAUUUUAAUCAAUCUGAUAGAAGUCUCAGUCUUAGUGGAAACAGUAGUUCUGUGGCCCUUGAUAACAGAAAUGAUGAAGAUCUAGGGCCGGAAGAAAAUGUUUCAUUAGGAUUUUUGCUUGAGCCCAGUGAUGUGGACCGCAAGACAUUAGCUGAACAAGCUUUGUUCUUGAACAGAAAGCUGCAGGAAACCUUCAUGGGCCACAUAAACAAAAUAAAGGAGCUGCUGCGAGUCAAUGCAUUGAAGAUGGACCAGUUGAAUGAGAUGCCAGACGAGCCUAAGAAACAAACAUAUUGCACUUAUUUCAGAGCUCCUUAUUUUAGGAAAGGUUCUUCUGUGCCCGAACCAAACGAAGAUGCCAAAGUCAAGAGACUGUCUAAAGACUAUGAUAUCAUUAUGACAGAAUCUAUAAAAGAUCCAAGAUUUUUUUUUAGAAGAAAACAUUCUAGGCAUAUUCUAAUCAAGGCUGUGAUAGAGAACAGUAAGGAAUUACUUCUGGCUCCAUUAUUAACAAAGAUGGAAUAUGAUUUAGAAAGGAAAAACACUUGUGCUAAAGAGAUUGAGGAAUUAGAGUCUAAGAAUGCUUUAGAUUAUGAAACACUGGAAGUAGCUAAGUCUACUGAGAAUAAAAAACAGAUCAAAGAAAGAGAGAAGAGAAUCAAGCAAAGAGAAGCUGAACUAGAGAAGAAAAGUCAAGAAUUAUCUGAAUACAAGACAGCUGUAGCCCAGUGGGAGGAUGAGAUCAAGAAGAAAAGUCAAAUACCAGAUCAAGAAAUAUUGGCUACUUUGGAUACUAAAAAAAUAGACUGGAUGAAAAUUGCUAAGAUGAAUUUUAAAGGCAACACCAGCUGGAUUGACUGUCAAAAGGCAUGGGAGAAUCAAGUGUGUCCUAACCUGAACUUAAAAACUUGGUCAGAUCAAGAAGAAAGUAAAUUAAAGCAACUUGUGUCCAAGCAUCCUGUUGGGGAGUGGCAAAAAAUAGCUGCUGCACUCGGGGCAGGUAGAACAGCUUGGCAGUGUUUCACCCAUUACCAAAGAAACUUUAAUAAGCAGCUGACAUCCAGGCCAUGGACGAAGGAAGAAGAUCAGAAGCUGAUUAAAGUAACUCAAGUUAUUAAAGAUGGACUUGGUCAUUACAGCUGGUCACAUGGUAUGCGUUUGAUUGAUCCUAUAGCCACUCUAAAUAAACAGGCCAAAAAGAUAAUUUAA